UGCCAAUCCAUCCACCCCCUGGGAUGCAGAGCCUGUGGUGGAAGAGUCAGGGGCAGUAGAGGACGCCAAUGCAGAGAAUCUCUACUUAAUGGGGUGAAGCUCGUAAUAAAGUGUUUGCUGAGAAGUUAGAGACAUUACUGCACAGAGCGUAUCACCUACAGGAGGAUUUUGGGAGCAGUAUCCCAGCAGACAACGUGCUGGCAGACUUUGGUAAUAUUUCCAUGUUACCUAUCAAGAGAAGUGAGGAGGACAUAGCAAGAGAAGUGAGGAGGUUAAGAAAACAAAGGAAAAUGAUUGGAACAUGGACAAGGAAUGGGAACGUGUGGAUCCGAGACCAUCAAUGAAGAUAAUAAAAAGAAAUGACAGAAGGAAGACCCGGGAGGAUGAAACCUGCACCUGAGAGGGGCCGGCGGUUUAAGGACGACGGUUCACGGAAGGAACCAGAAAGUGAAGGAACUCUAAUCUUGCCUCAAGUGGAGAGUUUCCACAGACUGCAGGAGGACGAUGCCACUACUGUCACUUCUGAUGAGUCCUUCUUCUCGGCUGCAGAGCUGUUAGAUGCCAUGUCUCUAGGGGAGGUCUAUCAGCCUCUUAAGCCAGCAGCCCUAUAUGAAGAAGCCUUGUCUCUGGUCCAUGACGAUAAAGUGGCCUAUAGGACCCUGAGGUUGAAGGCAUCUUGGAAAGACCUGCAGCCACUCUGAGGAAUCAGCAGAAAGAAGAGGCGGCUACAGAAGUGGAUUCCAGUGCUGUGUAAAUACAGUAAAUACUGUGUAGAGAUAUUGACAUUAGUGAAAUAAUAAAUUUGUGUUUCAUAAAA